AUGAAAUCGACAGUACUCAUCACUAUGCUACUUGUGCUCACGUCGGCAACUCAAGCGGCGGUCGAGCCUACGUGCUUCGGCGGCAAGUAUGAGCCGGGAAGCAGGCAGGAAUCCAACGUGCACGCUGUGCUCGACAGCAUCCUCGCCAACACCGUCAACGCGCCCAACCGCCAGCUCACGGUUCGUAUGGAGUCGCCGGACGUUUUCGGGUAUUCGAGCUGCGAUUUAGGACUGCCGGAGGGGGACUGCAGUUACUGUAUCAGUGUGGGUGUGUCGAGUAUUAGGGAUAGGUGUAAUGGGUAUGUUGGGGCUAGUGUGGAUGAGGAGGGCUUUUGCCAUGCUCAGUAUAAUUAA